AUGAGCUCCCCUUCCCCCAAGAAGAAGAAUGGCGGCAAUCCUUCUGCUCCCAGACAAAUCCGCUUUGUCGCAACUGACGGCCAGCCGCAAACCAAGCGCCGCCGCGUUAAUGCUGCAUUCGAUGUUCCGGUGAACAACCAGGUAGGAUGUGCAGAAUCUCUCGCUUAUGGAUACCUUGCUGACCGGGCAUGUGAGGAGAAGUGUUCUGACUCCGCAUCUCGAGCGCCGCCGCGCCUUUCGGCUCUGAACGAAUCGGCAAGCCAGCACGCUUCCCGGGCAAUCGAUAGCAGCUCCCCCGAACCAGUGCCGACAACGAUACACAAGGGCCCCACAGAUAAAACAGCGAAUACACAACCGCCCGGAUCAAAGGAUGUCUCUGCUUUUGGAGACAUUUGUUCACUCCCGAACAAGGGAUGGGAUACACAAGCCGUUGGGGACAGUCCAGCGAGUGUUCGUACCUCUAUGAGCUCAGAGAGUCGCACGAAUGUCCCGUAUUUUCGAUACUUCGGCCCUACCGCGAUCGUACCGGGGUUCAAACAAAUGAUUGUGCAAGUUCGAGGUUCUCGGAAGAGUAACCCGUCAGCGUCCUCAGACUCGCCCUCUCCUCUUCGGAGCCCUAAAUCGUCCAACAUUCCCACAAGACCCCUGGUCAACACUGCGGAUAACCGGGACAGUCGCGAUGUGAAUCUCCCAUUUUAUGACCGAGAUGACACGCUUCCUGCUUCAAAUCUUGUAUCUCACUUGUGCGAACUCUUUUUUGCUCACCUGGGUUGCAGCUUUCCUUUCCUACAACGAGAGAGAUUUCUUCAGGACCUCAACGAGAAAAAUGUUGACACCAUGUUGGUGGAUGCAGUGUGUUCCUUAGCUGCGAGAUUCUCAACACAUCCAUCACUUGGCCCUCCACAGGCUCCUCCUAUCGAUUGCUCGCAGCCAUCACUCGACGACAGAAAGUGGGAUCGUGGUCUGCCCUUUGGUCAUCGUGCGAUGAGCGCUCUCGUAGAUUCACUGCCGUGUCCAACUCUUUCUGCCGCCCAAGCGUGCCUAUUACUCGCUUAUGAACAAUUUGGAUCAAAUCGUGACAGUGGACUCUGGAUGUACCUUGGAAUAUCCAUUCGCAUGGCACAGGACCUGGGACUGCAGAAGUUCCAAGGUCUCAAACAUAGCUAUGGCAAGACCGGCGUUACACCGAGUGAAGUGAUGACAGGCCACGCUGAGAAAAUGAGAGAGGAACAAUAUGAUGAUCUUGAAGUGCAUCUAACACCGAAUACUGCCCCGAAACCUUUGGUUGAGGAACGAGCCCGAGAGCGUGAACGGGUAGACUCUUUUUGGAGCAUAUUUUUCCUAGACCGAGUUAUCUCUUCGGGGACCGGGAGGCCAGUGACACUACGCGACGAGGAUAUUGAAAUUUGCUUCCCUCCUCAGUAUGAAUCUCGGCUAUCAAAUGGGUGGCCCGCGCCAUUCCCCCCGCUCAUUCGGAUCAUUCAUCUGUACGGCCGGGUGACCGACCUUAUAAAUGGCAUUCAGGAUGUCAAGCUCGUCACCCCGGACACAUUGAAGACGUUAGCUGGCAUGGAAAGCGAUCUGACUGGCAUCUAUCAAGGCUUGCCCCCAAGACUCCAUUUCAACGCAGCCAACUUUCAAGCCUAUGUCAAAGCCAAGGAGGGAACCAAUUUUAUUCUUCUCCAUUUUUGGUUCCAUACUCUAAUCGUUCUCCUUCACCAACCGACGUUGUUGAAUUCAUUUGGUGGAUCAAUCCAACAUCUCUAUCUAAACAGUCGUGAGCUAUCAAUGUCGUCUGCCAAAACUAUUGCCGACAUCCUGUCCUUCUCGGAGCUUGUCGAUGGGAAAAGCUUCAUUGGCAAUCCUUUCACGAGUCAGCCGAUGUACAUUGCUGCGUGCGCAUUCCUCAUGGAAAGUGCUUACUAUGCGUCUCCAUCUUCGGGGGCUAGGUCAAACCAACCCCAGCCAUUGUUGGCGAAUCAAUCCAGUGGGUUCGUGAUGCCCACUAUGGAGUCCUCACAUGGGACGGAACGAAAGUCGACUGCGAAACAUAUCCUGCUUGCUUCUGCGGCCAAAGAAAAUUACCAGCGGUGUUAUAAGGCCUUGAAAGCACUUAAUACAUACUGGGAAGGCACUGGAUAUAUUUUGACAGUGCUGGAUCAGAAGGCCAAGGGGAUUGUCGAUCCCCUCCUCUACGCUGUGGAGGAUAUGGAAAAUAUCGAAUGUAUCGCCCCAGGGCAACACAUUAGGCCAGGAGCUUGGCGUGCAGGCAAAUUCCCGGUGGACUCUGGCUUUGAUCCAGAACGAGCAGCAGGGGUCGCUGACAUCCCAUCGGAAGGGAAAUGGUCGCCACACAUUGAUCCAAGCCAAGGUUUGUUGGAUCCGUUAAUAUCCAUGAUAAACACACCACUGAUAGGUUGUGUCUCUACAGCUAUCGGAUGGGCACUUACAGGAGCAACAAAUUCUUCACAGCCAAACUUAAGCCUUCUCUAUCAGAUGUCCACCACUGAGGCUGAGUCUCCGCCCAGUAGACCAACAUAUUCGUCGCAGUACAGCCACAGCUACCCAGUUCUACCAACGAAUGCUGGCGAAGGGCCAAGCUCUUCAUUUCCACCAUCGAUUGCACCAGCCAGAACUCACGAAGAAAUGACACCUUCACUCACGACAGCAAAUGCUAAAUACCCCAAUGUUCAAUCUCGAACAACCAGCACCAACUCGUCUUUUUACAUGGAUAUGAAUCCAACGUAUGCCGAAUCAAACACACGGACUACACAGCCCGUACAGAUAGCACAGACUACAUUCACCGGGAUGCUAUCCUCCGGGCCACCAACUUCACAUGUGACUACCCAGUCUUCCGCCUAUAAUUACUCGAUGCCUCAAACCACAACUGAGCACCCAAACAGAAACCCAAUGGGGACUGGCGACCCAGGUACCGAUCUCCAAUCGACCAUGGAUGAUGCCAACGGCAUGAUGAUCGCGAGUCAUGAGGUCGAUAUGAACUCCAUCCAUCAUCAAGACUCUUUCCCGUUCGUUAACGGCGAGAUCAUUCCGUGGCUCGAAUACCUCCCGCAAGAUGUCCUGAGUUUCUUCGGCGACCAUCAAGAUUAUUCGCUUUUGAGCCCCGACGAUGUGUCACGGCCUCCGUAA